AUGAAUAACAGACUGCUCCUCUUCUAUACUCUGCUGCUCCCCCUGCUGAUGUCACCCCUCCCUCGCUGCGCAACGAUUGUAGCGGAAAAACGUUUAGGCGGGGAGGAAGAGUGCACUCUGGAGGUUCCUCACCGGGAAGGAAGUGCACCCCCCAGUGAUGAUAAUGUAGAGUGGACAAGGUCGGCAUGGAUGAUGGGUGUCACGUGGGAAGCCCCACUGAAGGGGAGCAGCAGGGGAGAGAGGUCACUACAAGAGGGGGAUGACGCCAAGGAUGCUGCACACGGCGGGGAAGACACGAGCCAAUAUUUCAAAUGCUUCGUAGACAAGGCGAAGGAAAAUACGGGUGUGAAGCCGGAUGACGUGGCGAGGUGGGUAGACCCUCAACACAACUCCUGCUACUGCAGUGAAGAAAACACAGAGCCAUGUUCCAUGGAAGACGUAAGCAAUUCUAAAUUCAUAAACCAAUUGAUGCGGACAGAAAUAUGUGAACUCAAUGAAAGGGGAAAUAAACACAACCUAUUCAUCGCCUUACAGCAUCACUCCAUAAUAAAAUGUUCAAAUGUGGAGAGUACAGAGGAGAAAAUUAAUCACAUGGAUCUAUAUAAUUAUUGUAAAAGCGGUUUGCCUGCCUGGGACAACAAGCAUUUUUACAACUACCUCCAUUGUGACACGGUGAGGAAUAAAAACGGCAGGAGGCAGGACGGAGUCGGAGCAGAAGCAUCGUGUGCUGAGUUAUGUGAAGACAUUAAGGUGUUAUGUAACUCGAACAACUCCCAAUUCUACUCGUUCGAAAUGUGCAUCAAGUACUACGAAAUAAAUCAUUUCACAACGGAAAUUUUUAAUAGAGUUUUUAAAAUGUUUCAGGAGAGCUGUUCUUAUGUCGACCCCACAAACAGGGGACUUGUUCUGUGUAAACAUAAACACAUUCCAUGUGAAUUCAGUGAGUGGUCCGAUUGGAGCACCUGCUCAAGGACUUGUAAAGAGGGCACCUACGACACGGAAGCAAUUCGAAGCAGAAAAAGAUAUUUGGUUAAACAAGUGAAGUAUUCGGGUAAAGCAUGCAACAUUGUCGUAAAUGGGAAAAAUAAAUUAUUAGAUGUAGAAUACUGUGAUGAUGACGUUCCUCUUUGUUCUUCUAUUCAUGAACCCACCAACAACUCUCCUCAGAGUAAUCCUUCUCCUGACAACCCCACCACGGAGCAAAUAUAUAACCCGCCUUUUGUAAUACCACUCAAUGAAAUACAAAAGGCAAACAUGCUAAAUGAUUUGAAUCAACCAGAUGCAGAUGUUAUAAAUGAAAAUUUUGUGCAUAAUGAUUCGGAGGUUCUAACUGAAUGCAUCGUCACAGACAUGGGCCAAUUCGAACAUUUAAAAGAGUACAAUGAAAAGAUAAAAUCCUGUGCCUGUCCUGCUUAUCACACUCCAUGUUACUUCAAAGACAUAUACAAAAGUGAUUACUGGAAGGAGUCCUUUGAUCGGCACUGCGCUAAGCAUCCCACACUUAACGUAAUAACUGCCGACUUUUUCAUGGUGAGUUGUGAUAAUUCUGUUACCAUUAGGAAGAAAGAAGUUGCAAUUAACACUUACCUGGCCAUGACAUUUGAUUGUCGCUCACCUACCUUUCAGUACCUCUUUUGCUCCAAGUCCAAUGAAUCCUCUACGACGAAUAUUUUUUACAUUAUGUUUACUUGUACCCUUGCGUUCAUUUCUGCCUUGUACGUUAUCCAUUUGCUCAUCAGCGAGCGUGACAAGUGGGCCUUCUUCAUCACUGGAGUCGUUGGCUCGAAGCGCCCGUCCCGGACCGACCACCAUGCGACGGGGCCCUCCCCAGGCUCCUCCUCGGACGAAGUCAGCGACAAGGCUAGCGACGAGGACAGCAACGCACCCAGCGACAAGGACAGCAACAAACCCAGCAACGCUGCGGAGGGGAAAUAUGUUAUAUAA